AUGACGCUCGAGGACGCGAUCGCGAGGUACGAAGCGACGAAAGCCGCGGCGAUCGCGACGGCGCGGGACGCCGCCGUCAGGGUGCGCGAGGAGGCGACGCGCGCGCAGCGGGUCGUGAUGAACGCGCCGGCGCCCGCGCUGGCGGCGCGCUUCGCGCGAGCGGAUGGGUUCGUCGAUCGCGGCGCGUAUCCGGUGUUCGUCGAACGCAUCGCCGUCGGGUCGGUGAUCUUCUCCCAGAGCUACGCCAGAGACGCGUGGUUGCACGUGAAGAACAAUCACCUGCUCGUGGCGCUGUUCAUGGCGCACCCGAAGCACCCGUUUUCGCGAACGGAGCGCGCGGUUUGUUUGUUUUGCUCGCUCAUCAUGGGAUUCGGGUUGACGUGCGCGUUUGGUUUGAUCGCGGACGAACCGGAUAAAACGGUGGUGAGCGUGAUCGUGGGAGGGUUCAUUCAGGGGGUGUACGACGCGUUGUUGAGAAUGUUCGCCGAAUGCAUCUGCAUUCAGUCGUGCCCGCGUUGCGUGGUCAACUGUUUCGAGACGUGCGGGCGGAUCGGGAUGGUGCUGCAGUUCCUGCUCGGAAUCUUGGUGCUCUGUAUCGGUUUCUUAGCGUUCGUCACGUCGGAGAGCCUGAGAGCGCUGGGAGGGGUGACUUGGCGUUUCGCGAUGUCGAAAGCGUCGUCGUGGGUCGUGGCGUCGAUGAUCUUUGUGCUCCUGGGACAUCACCUAGCGCGAAGAAAUCAGAUGCGGCCGGCGGCGUCGAGGCACACAUUCAGCGAAAAAGAGGCGCACGAGCGCUGGAACACGCCUCAAGAGCCGUGGUGCUGCUCGUGCUGUCUUCCGUCUCGCGCUCCGUCUUACUUUUGGAAUUAUUACAUCGGCGAAGACGUCUCGUUUGAAGACUUGCCCAUGAAACCGCCAAACGUCAUUGGUGGUGCGCUAGUGUUCGCGCUCGCGAGGUCAGGGUCGAGGUACACGUCGAGGAGAGAUUCGGGCUGGUUGGCGACGGAGGACGACGACGAGGCGGAGGUCGACGACGCGGGCAUCCGAUGGACGGUCGCGAGCGUGGUCGGGUGCGUACCGCUGUUAGCUUGGCUCGCGUGGGUGCUACCUGUGAUCUCGGUCGGGGAAUGGGACGACGAUCAACGUCCGGGGACGAUAGCAAAGCCGGAGGCGUUUGCGCUCGCGGCGGCGUACCUACUCGCGUACGCGGCGCACGGAUUCAACUUAUCCGACGGUUUCACGUGGGCCAUAACGGUGUUGUGUGCGGGACAUGUGCAGCUAGAAAGGACAAACGCACUUCUAGCCCCGAGCUCGGACGAUGCUCUCGAGAUCGCCUCGCCGCCGAAGCGCACUGAGAAGGAAAACGACAUUGUUCGUGCGUUGCUGAAUCCCCGACCGGCGACGACUAUGGAGGAGUGGACCCGCGACGAAACCACUGGCUCGAUCACUCAAGCUCCGCAAAAUUCAGUCGAAGGCGCGGUCAAACUCGGACGAUCACUCGGCAAAGCCGGGGUCGUUGCGAGACAACUCAGCGAAAGCAUAGCCGAAGGAAAGUUGCAAGCGGAAAUCGAACAAGAGACGCUCCGUACGGAAGAAGCGGUGCGGCGCCAGAACGAGUUACUUUCAGGAGAGCUCGAAGAGUGGGACGGCCGAUUCCGAUUACGAACGAUGACGCGAACAGAGCUAUUAGAGCUCGCGCGUCAACGGGGAAUGACCAGGUAUUCAAAAUUGAACAAACCGGAGCUCGUCGAGCGCUUAGAAGCCGAGAUCUAUGAAUAGUAGUAGAACAUGUACACGCUAGUAUUACUGUAUCACAACAAAGAAAAGAUGU